AUGUCUCCAUACUCUCUUGUAUUUGGAAAAGCUUGUCACUUACCUUUAGAGUUGAAGCACAAGGCGUUUUGGGCAGUUAAGAAGCUAAACAUGAACUUGAACGCCCCGGGCGCUCAAUGCAAACUUCAGCUCAAUGAGCUCGAGGAGUGGCGAUUGAGCGCGUAUGAGAACAACAAGCUGUACAAAGAAAAGACAAAGCAUUGGCAUGACCAACGCAUUAGUAAGAAAGAACUUGUUGUGGGCCAAAAAGUUCUAUUGUUCAAUUCACAUUUGCGUUUAUUUCCAGGAAAACUAAAAUCCAGUUGGUCAGUUCUCUUUAUCAUUAAGACAAUCUUUCCAUAUGGAUCUAUGGAAAUAACGCGAGAAGAUGGCACCAAUGCAACGGCCAGAGAGUGA